AUGCGGAAGAAAGGGGGCGGAGCGGGGGGGAGGGGGAGGAGCGGGAAGCAGCAGGGCAAGGAGGUGCGAUCGGCGCGGGUGAAAGCGGAGGUGGUGGAGGAGGAGUGUGAGGGGGAGGGGCAGUUGGGGGUUGUGGGGAAGGAAGGGGAGGUGGCAGGAACUGCCAGAGACGACGACGACGACGACAACGAGAACGAGGAGGAGCAUGGUGAGGAGAACAAUGGGCACGAUGGGAACGACGGAAACGGUGGAAAGGAAGACAACGGGGAGAAUGAGAACGAGAACGAGGAGGAUGAGGACGCGUUGGGGCGCAUGACCCAGGAGCAGAUAGACGCUCUAGAAGUCCGCUUUCAGCAGAAUCGCCGGCUCGACACGGCAAGGAAGCUGGUGCUGGCACGGGAGGUGGGCGUGCGGCCGCGGCAGGUGUCGGUGUGGUUCCAGAACCGGAGGGCGCGGUGGCGGCAGAAGAAGAAGGAGAGUGACUUGAGUGCGAUGCAGAGGGAGUAUGCGCGGUUGAAGGUGGCGCGGGAGCAGCUUGGGGAGGACUAUGAGCUGCUGAAGAAGGACUAUGAGGAUUUGCUGCUGCAUAACGCCGCACUGCAUGAUAAGGUGGACGAUCUGAUGGCGCAUCUAGUGCAGCACGGCAUGCUAUCCGCCUCCACCUCCUCCUGCCUGCGAGAAGCUCUCCUCACAGCCGGCCCGCUCUCCCCCGCCAACACCACCACCAGUCCCCUGCCUCUGCCUAGUGAUGCCGCCACCACCCUGCCUGCCGCCGAGCCUGGCGCCCACGCGCUGGCGGCCGCCGCAGCUGCUGGCUCGGCAGCUGCCUUGGGGGUGGGUGGUAGGGGCGCCCCGUCCCCCUCUGCUGCUGCUUCUGCUGUGGCGUAUGGUGGAGGUGUGGGGAUGUGGGCAGGGGAAGAGGUGGGGGGAGGAGUGGAAGGAGAGGAAGGAGAGGGGAUAGGAGGAGGAGGAGUGGGAGGAGAGGAUUGGACCCAGAUCUUUUCAACCCCUGCCCGCCCACCAGCCCCGGCAGCAGCAACCACCACCUGGCCUACCCAUGCCGAUGCAGCCCUACGAGCGGCGCUGCUGGUGGGUCAGCUGCUGGUGGGUAUGGGUCUGCGCUGGGGGGGUCAGGUCUGGGUGGGUACCCUACAGCUACAUCUCUGUCUUCUUCUCCUGCGUUCAGUGUCGCUGCUGCUGCUGGGUGGGGCAGCGAGUCGUAUGGGGAUCGCAGCAGGGAGCGUGGCGACCGAGUGA